AUGGACAUCGCACAGCAGCUGCGGCGGCUCGAGGACACAGCCGAGGAAGCGCAGGAGCAAUGGCUAGCGGAGCUGGACUGCGCGUACGCACAGUUCAACGAACGCAUCGCAGACCUGACCAAGUACGACCGGGAGAAGUGCAAGCGGCGGUUCGACGCGCUGUUCGCAUGGAGGAACUCCGGCGGGGGCUCCGGCGGGGGCUCGGGACAGGGCCCACACGGGCAGCGCCUCAGGUUCAGGUUCAAGCACACACCGAGGUUGAAGACAAGCACCGAGGCACCGGCGGGUGACCCUGCCGCAAGGUCCACGCCACCGUUGCAGCAUGUAGACGCAGUACUGGAGCUCAGCGAGAUGCAGAUGAAGCGGGUAUUCAACCUGGACAGACUCGACAGGUGCGUGGUGCUCUACGAUGGUGCCAGCAACGACGCCAUGUCGGCAUUCUCAAUGGCACAUGCAAGAAACACAGUGGUAUCGCUCAACGUACCGCAGAUGCUAGGAAGCAUCUUUGUUACAGACUGUGAGCACACUACGCUGUUGAUAAGGCUGAGGUUCGGAGAGAAAGUGCAGAUAAGACUGCAUAACUUGGUCAAUUGCCAAAUACAGGUGGAGCCCGCAGAUAACACAGCCAGCGCUCAGACAGUGAUUAUUGAGGACUGCGACGAAGUAACUUUCCACUCGACUGCACAGGACUUGAUCGCUAUCAGGAACUUUAAUGUGUUCAAAGCCCAUACAGAUAAACCGCCUUAUAAAUGGGGCCCACCAUUACCCGACCAGGACCAGGACCCCAUAAAGCUCAGGGAAGCAUACAUCGCUGCCGAAAGGGGCAUAGUAAUGUAA